AUGCGAUUCUCCGUGGCCUCGACCGUUUUGGCGCUCGCCAGCAUCGCCUCUGCAGCCUCUUCGUGGACCUUUUCAGACGGGACCGUCCAGGUGACGUCCAAAGCCGGCAACGAUGCGGUAGCAAAGUUUUCGGGCGACAAUCGAGUGCAAAACAUCCUUACCCUGGGCCACCAGGACAAGCUCAAGGUGACGCUCACGACAAAGGAAGGGUCCCAGGCGAAGCGGCCGCACCAAGCGUUCCUGGUCGUGAAGGAGGCUUCUGGCCUGGAAGCACCCUUCCCCCUGACCGUGAAGGAGUCUGGCAAGGGAACAGUUGAAAUUACCCAAAAAGAUCUUCCCGUCCAAUUGCUUCUCUCUCAGGAGCCCCUCGAAGCCAGCCUUGUCCUGGGAUCCUUUGGCUCGACCAAGGGUUCCGUCACACCCGUUUUCGACCUCGCCGUCAAGCUGGACCCGGCCCCCGCUGUGCCGAGCUACGAGAAGCCGCUGCGAUAUGGCAAGCUCGCUGAGAUUCACCACAUCUUCCGGGCUGAUCCCAAGAACCCUCCCAAGAUGGUCUCGAUUGCAUUCUCACUCGCCGUGCUAGCUACCAUCCCGGCCCUGUUCAUCGGCUGGUUCGCCAUUGGAGGAAACUUUACCCAUGUGCAAAAGGCCCUGGGCAGCGCUCCCAUUUCGCACGUUGUCUUCUUCGGAUCAAUCGUUGCGAUGGAGGGCGUCUUCUUCCUCUACUACACCAAGUGGAACUUGUUCCAGACUCUGCCGGCGAUUGGUGUCGUCGGAGUGGCCGCCUUCUUGAGCGGAACCAAGGCACUGGGAGAAGUCCAGCGCCGACGAUUGGCUGGUGAGAGGUGA